AUGCCGGGCUUCGACUUCUCCAACUACAACCGCAAUGCGGCCCUGCACGCCCGUGGAGUGCCUCUGCCCAAGGCGACCAGCACAGGAACAACCAUUGUCGGCUGUAUCUUUGACGGCGGCGUUGUGAUUGCUGCUGAUACCCGAGCCACCUCCGGCCCCAUUGUCGCCGACAAGAACUGCGAGAAGCUUCACUACAUCUCCCCCCAGAUCUGGUGUGCCGGUGCCGGUACCGCCGCCGACACCGAGUUCACCACCGCCCUCAUCUCCUCCCAGCUCGAGCUGCACUCCCUCUCAACCGGCCGCAAGCCCCGCGUCGUCACCUGCAUGACCCUCCUCAAGCAGCACCUCUUCCGCUACCAGGGCCACAUUGGCGCGUACCUCGUCGUCGCCGGCUGCGACCCUACCGGCACCCACCUCUUCACCGUCCACGCCCACGGCAGCACAGACAAGCUCCCCUACGUCACCAUGGGAUCUGGUAGUCUUGCUGCUAUGAGCGUCUUCGAGACGCAGUGGAAGGCGGACUUGUCGCGAGAUGAGGCUGUCAAGCUGUGCAGCGAUGCCAUUCUGUCUGGUAUCUGGAACGAUCUGGGCUCUGGUUCCAACGUCGACGUUGCCGUCAUCACCAAGGAGAAGACUACCCUGCUACGAAAUUACAUCAAGCCCAACGAGAAGAGCGCGAAGCUGCAGAGCUACCGCUUCGAGAAGGGCACCACUGCCGUCUUAAAUGAAAAGGUCAUCAACAAGAGCGAUCUUAAACGAUAUGUCACAGUACACGACUUACCGGUUGAGGGCGAGAAGAUGGAUGUUGAUACCUAA